UUACUUAUCUCAAAUAAAUACCGACUUAAGUAUCGGAGGGAUGUUAGCGGACACCAAACUUGAGUGAAAUUUUGGGUCAAAAACUUUAUUUGAUUAAGUCUUCUCCAACACAAUAUCCAUUUCCAAGUCAAAACCCUAAUGUAUCUAAACUCUACUACAUUGCCACCAUUACAGAACUUGUAAGAAAAGUAGGGCCGUUGACUGCAAAAUGACGCAAUUGAAGCCGAUAGUUUCUCAUUCCCACCUGGACAGCAUCCCGUCCUCCGCCGCCGGGAAAUUCAAAGCGGACAAAUCCUCCUCCUCAACCUCAACCUACAUUCACCGUCUCCGGUUCAACUCCUCCCUCCAAAAGCUGACCCUCUGGUCUUUCCUCUUCCUGGUCGCCGUCCUCUUCUUCUUCCUCCUAUCCCCGCCGUCACCUCCACCGCCUCGCCGGAAGAAUCUCCAGAGCACUACUCCAUGGGGCGGAUCGGACUGGGAGAGGCGGGUCCGGUCUUCGGCCCGCGUCCGAUCCAAGACCGGCCUGUCGGUACUGGUCACCGGCGCGGCGGGGUUUGUCGGGACCCACGUCUCGAUCGCGUUGAAGCGGCGCGGCGACGGCGUUCUGGGGCUCGACAAUUUCAACACCUACUACGACGUUGCCCUCAAAGAGUCGCGCAAGAGCCUACUCGAUCGUACGGGAGUGUUCGUCGUGGAGGGGGACAUUAACGACGGCGUUUUGCUCCGGAAGCUGUUUGAUGUUGUGGCUUUCACUCACGUGAUGCACCUCGCUGCGCAAGCGGGAGUGAGGUACGCAAUGCAGAAUCCAAAUUCGUACAUUCACAGCAACAUUGCAGGGUUUGUGAGCCUACUUGAGGUCUGUAAAUCGGUGAACCCACAACCGGCAAUUGUAUGGGCUUCGUCGAGUUCUGUUUAUGGGCUCAAUUCAAAAGUACCCUUCUCGGAAAAAGACCGAACAGAUCACCCUGCUAGUCUCUAUGCAGCAACAAAGAAGGCGGACGAAGCCAUUGCUCAUGCUUAUAACUACAUUCAUGGUCUUUCAAUAACUGGGUUGAGGUUUUUCACUGUGUAUGGCCCGUGGGGUAGGCCUGAUAUGGCCUAUUUCUUCUUCACAAAAGAUAUUCUGGAAGGGAAAGAGAUUAGUGUAUUUGAAGGUCCGAACCACGGUACUGUUGCUAGAGAUUUCACCUACAUCGAUGAUGUGGUGAAGGGUUGUUUGGCAUCGUUGGAUACAGCAAAGAAGAGCACAGGAAGUGGUGGGAAGAAGAAGGGUGCAGCACAAUUGCGGAUAUUCAAUUUGGGGAAUACUAAGCCAGUGCCUGUGAGCAAGCUUCUGAGUAUAUUGGAGAAGCUUUUGAAGGUGAAGGCUAAACGAAAGGUGGUGUCUCUGCCAAGGAAUGGAGAUGUGCAGUUUACACAUGCGAAUAUAAGCUUGGCUUAUAAGGAGCUUGGGUAUAAGCCCACAACUAAUUUGGAGACGGGAUUGAAGAAGUUCGUUAAGUGGUAUGUUGGUUAUUAUGAUCCUAAGAAGAAGAGUGCCUGGUGAAUAAUCUCCAACAUCAGGUGCUGCACUUUGAACUGUGCAUACCGCUUGUUCUGGUUGCCAUUACCUUACCACUUGUUGUUUCUGAAAGGGUUGAUUUGUACAGGCCAUAACUGAUAGUAGAUUGCAAACAUGUCUAAUUGGAUAUUUUUAUUAUCUUUUCGGUGAUUUUAAUAAAUUUUCAUCCACCACACUUGUCCAUCA